CAGGUCUGAGGAGGAGCUUGGUCCGAGGAGGAGCUAGGUACAGUACUGAGUGAAUUAGUACAUAUACGCAGUCGAGUAAUUUAUGAAUUAGGGAUCUGCACUGAAGCCGAGUCAGCGACUAAAGGUGAGCUCUGUUGACUGUGGGAUUGGGAAGGACCCAUAAGGAAUCCUUAACUUCUGAAUGCCCACCCACACCCUGAAAUUGUAGAGGCCAUGGGAAAAGCCAAGAAAGAAGAGGAGGUUGUUUUUCUGAGGAAAAAGAUCACUUUGCUGAGGGCUUUUUCACUCCUCAUUGGCACUAUGGUGGGCAGCGGCAUCUUUAUCUCUCCAAAAGGGGUGUUGAAAAACUCCGGCAACGUGGGUGUCUCCUUAAUUGUUUGGUUUGCCUGCGGGAUUCUCUCUAUGUUUGGUGCCUUGUGCUAUGCAGAACUUGGAACAAGAAUCACAAAGUCUGGAGGACAUUAUAUCUAUAUUCUGGAGACACUGGGGCCUUUGCCAAGUUUCUUGUAUCUGUGGGCUGAAUACUUUGCUAUCGGGCCAGCCAACAGUGCAGUGCUUUCUCUGGCAUUUGGAAACUACAUAUUGGAACCAUUUUUUGCCCCCUGUCCAGCCCCACUUCCUGCUGUGAAGCUCGCAGCUCUCUUGGGGUACUACAUUGUCCUCAUCCUGAACUCUUGGAGUGUCAGCUGGAGUGCCAGGCUUCAGAAUGUCCUAUCCGUCAUCAAACUCCUGGCUUUCGCGCUCAUCAUUGUGCCAGGGAUGAUGCUUCUGGCCCAAGGCCACACUGAAAAUUUCCAGGAUGCUUUCAGUAGUCAAUUGCUGACUUUGGACAAGAUGCCCUUGGCUUUUUAUGCUGGGAUGUUUGCAUAUUCAGGCUGGUUUCAAACUAGCUUUGUGCAAGAAGAACUGGUCCGACCUGAACGAAAUAACCCACUGGCUGUGAUAAUGUCUGUGGUCACUGUAAUUGUGGGGUACAUGCUCACCAACGUUUCCUAUUAUACAGUCUUGACAGCAGAGGAUGUGCUGGCUUCCCAGGCUGUGGCUGUGAGUUUUGCACAAAAAGCUUUCCAAAGACCUAUCUCCGUGAUUCCCAUCCUGGUUGCCCUGUCCUGCUUUGGAACCAUGAAUGGGGGGAUCUUUGCAUUUUCAAGAUGCAGGAGACUGGAACUCAGGUUCUUGUACUGCUCCAUGUCUUCUCUCAGGACUCUAUUUGUGGCUUCAAGGGAGGGUCAAUGGCCUCCUCUCUUCUCCAUGAUCCACAUCCGAAGGCACACUCCCCUUCCAGCCGUCAUGUUAAUGUUCCCACUGGUUACCGCCAUGGUGUGCAUUGGAGACAUCUACCACCUCCUGAAUUUCUUCAGCUUUUCCCGAUGGCUUUUCAUAGGAUUAGCCACACUUGGGCUCAUCAUCCAUCGUUACCGUCACCCGGAGCUGCCCAGGCCAUUCAAGGUUCCCCUCUUCAUUCCUGUCUGCUUCACCAUCGUCUGCCUCUUUGCAGUGGGAAUGUCUUUCUACUCAGACCCAGUGUAUGUCAGCACUGGCUGUGCCAUGGUUUUAAGUGGUUUUCCAGUCUACUUCUUGGUGAUCAGCAGGCCAAUACCCGACUGUUGCCGUACCACGUUCCAUUAUCUUACACUCAAACUUCAGGUACUGCUGGAAGUAGUCAGACAGGAAAUCAAGACUUAUUGAGAACCACAUCUUAUUGGAGAAGACACAUAGUGGCUUCUCCAAUGAAAGCCACUAUCCCAUUUCUGAUCCUUUUGACCUGCUGAGAGACCACGAGGCACUCUUAAUUUUGCAGUGAAUGCAGUGCAACUAGAGAUGUCCAGAACAAAUAACCUGGAUACAAACACCUCCAAGCUUUGAUACUCAGGAUCUGGAUCAGAAUUUUGCAUCCGCUUCAGUCUUUCUAAACCCAAACUCCACAUCUGACUUUUGGAGGUGUUCAAAAAUCAGGAUUCAAAUUUUGUAGGUUGGUCCAUCUCUCAGUGACACACAUGAUUUUUGACUUCCUAGACCUUGAGGAAAGACAAGGUGAAGAAGAGUGCCUGUUUCACAAUCCAAAUAUCAUUCACAUGGACCGCUAUGGAAAACAAGUUCAGCUUUCAGAUGGAAGGUUAUGGAGAUCUGAAAUGAUGUGCUGAGGAUGCUCAAAUGCUUUUAAGGUAAAAUUGGAGAGAGGGAGAAUCAACAAGAGAGCUUAAGAGAAGCAGGGUGGUAGGUGAACUACCACUCUCCUUCCACUGGACAAAAUGAUCUUUGGGACUUAGAGUUCAGUUCUCCUUUGAAAAAUGACUCAAAAAUUUGCUUGAUUUACAAGAACAAAACCUAUUCAUUUUUUGAUGUACCAGCCCCAUCUGAAAUCUGAAAGUGAACCUUUUUUCUCCUUCGUAAGCAUCAUUAGUAGUAAAGAUUCUCCAGGCUAAAUUCCGACCUCACAUCUGUGCAGCCCCACAGAAGUGGGGUUGCACAGGUAUAAUCAAGUAAUAUAGUAGAACUUGGCUCUGCAAAGGUUUAGUUAACAGUUCCUGUAGAUAAUGCAUGAGUUAAAUUAGAAUACACCUCUCUUUCUCAGAGUUCUUCACAGCCAAUGCACCUAAGAGGAGUAAAUUCUUGAAUCUUUUGUCACUAAAGCCAGCACCUAUGACCCUGAAUUCACACAGGGAGCAGGUCUGAAUAAGAAGGUGCAAUUUUUAUAUAGUCAUGUUCAGGGUAUAACUGCAUUUUAAAGGAAUCUCAACCAUAGGUCAUUGGUAAGUUGAGAGCAGGGAUUUUAAUAAACAUAUCCUUCAAUGCAGUAAGAAUGCAUAGAUAUUAUGGUCUUGAUUCAGCAAAGCACUUAAGCAUGUGAUUUAAUGUAACCACAUGCUCAGAUGCUUGGCUGAAUCAGGACCUAAAUGCUCAUUUGAACAAAGUUUCUGUUAAGUUAAUAUUUUUGGUUUACAGUGUAAUAUUGGUUUCAGAGCAGCAGCCGUGUUAGUCUGUGUCCGCAAAAAGAAAAAGCAGCCGUGUUAGUCUGUAUCCGCUUAUGCUCAAAUAAAUUUGUUAGUCUCUAAGGUGCCACAAGUACUCCUUUUCUUUUUAGUGUAAUAUUGAUGUUGCAAAAUUAUGUCCAGGUGCCACAAUAAUCGGUUAUUUACAACAACUUUUAAAAGUGAGACUCAAAUUUUAAAAGAUGAGAAUCACUAUAUCAGGAAUUGUCCAUCUAGCCCUCUGAAGAGGGGAAGGCCAGAACGCAAAGCAUUUUAAGUACUUCAUGUUAAGCCUCUAAAUAUUUACAUCAAAACCAAAGUAGCGUUUACAGAAUUGUGAUAUGAUCAAUCAAAACCCUAUUAAAUGUAUUAUCAAGCCCUUUUUAAAUAAAGUUUUCA